CUCACAACCAUUGGUGUCCCAACACACAUCUGAUAGCUGGGAAGACCUAGGGUGCAUACUCAUGUGUUGGGGGUUUGUGCUCGAGUCUUCCCAAAAUCCCAUCCAUCAGAUACCGUCUUGCACAUCCCAGCGGCUGGAAAGGAUCGGGUGCGGGAGAGGAUCUGAAUCCGGGUUGUAUUCACUCUCACGAUCGGGUUACAGACAACAUUCUCACCCUGACUACCUACCAGUCGCAGACCUCGCGCUCUCGAGUCUCAACUGUUGACCGGAGACGUUGGAGUAGCUAGCGAACAAUACUUCCUCACUUUGAUGAGAGUUGAGUUAGUUCAAAACGCAGAACCCAUUUCCUUGCUUGUUCUUCGAAGAGACGAAGACUGGAAAUCCCAUCCUUAUUUGGGUUCAAAUUCAAGACUAGAACAGAAAAAAGCAGGAAAAGAAGUUUGAACUCAUUGGGGGAAUCUGUGAAAUACGAAAGGAUCAUUUCUGAGAAGUUUGCAUCUCUGAUAUUCUGGCUCAGAUGGGAUCCAGAGAUUCUGUUGUGGAAAUCGAUUUCCUGGAGAGACGCUUGUUGCCGGAUUCUGGUUCUAAUGAUGAAACUGAGAGCGAACACGGAGUUGAAACGGUUCUAUACUCGGCAUCGUUCCAGGAGUUGGAAGACAAUUAUGUGAAGUACCAAACAGCCCUAUGGAUUCUUUACUCUCUGCCUCUGAUUUUGGCCUGGGGAAUUGGGUUGUUCAUGCUGCUAUACAUACCCGUUCGAAGAUACAUACUGCGGAAGGACAUUCGGUCCAGGAGGCUGUAUGUCACGCCAAAUGCCAUUGUUUACAAGGUUACAAAGCCAGUGCCUUUCCCAUGUUUUGGGGUGCUAAAAAAAGAGAAGUAUGUUCUACUGCCUUCAGUCGCUGAUGUCGUAAUUGAGCAAGGAUAUUUGCAGUCCUUUUUUGGUGUCUAUUCUACUAGAAUUGAAAAUGUUGGUGUAAGAAGACCACCAAGUGAUGACGUUCAAAUCCAAGGAAUUGCAGACCCAAGGGCUUUCAGAAAGGCUGUUCUAUCACGGCUUUCAAAUAUGAUGAGUGAGAAUUUCUCACGGCAGGUUUCCAUGAAUGAAGACUUUCAAAAUUUUGGGACUGGUUAUUCAUCCGCAGCUUGGGCACGCCACAAUGUUGGUGCAUGCAUCGCAUAUCCGAUGUCUCCAUCAAAAUCUUUUAGGCAUGAUUCUUUUCCUUCAUCAGGGGAACUGAUAUUACAAAAGCUAGAGGAGGUUGGAAGUUCUGUGAAGAGGGUCCAAAGCCUAAUUCAAGAGCAGCAUUGUCAAAAAUCUGGUACUAUAGAAUGAAACAGGAGGCUUCAAAUUACAAGAGAUACAGGAUGCCAAUGGUCAUACAUCACAAUACGCCUACCCUGCUGUGAGAUUUGCAUGCCAAUGUGCCCAAAGAAUCACCAUUUGACUCGCAACUUUGAGAGUUAUAGUCUUCAUACUCAAUAUUGCUUAGUCAUGGUUCAAAGUGGGAUUGUAUCUUUGGCAACUCUUGUAGCAAUCAAAGGUUUUGGAUCUUUCCUGGUUGAAUAUACUUCAUAUUCUCAUGGUCUGCCAGUGGGUCUUCUUCCUGCUUGGUCUCUGUUUGUUGUGAAGACCCUGUUGCCUAAAGAUUUUUAUUCUUGUUGUGUUGUUCAAAACCAUAAUUUAAUUCUUUUUGUUGGUAA